AAGAUUAAAGAGUGCGAAGAAGAGAACAGAGGAGGCCAAGACAAGUCCUUAUAUAUAUAUAUAAAUAUAUACAUAUAUUCAUAUGUCGAUCCCAUCCCAUACAACUACGAGCGGGAAUAUUUGUGAAGAUGUUUCUCUUAGCUUCUCUCCCCAGCUAGUUAGUAAUUAAGCAGCAAACGGAAAAACAACAAAAGCAACAACAACAAAAACAAAAGCAUGACUUCUCAGACAUCCUCCGCCCUCUUCUUUGGCUUCUCCACAGCAGCUUCCGGCAUACUACGCUCUUUUUCCCCCACUAAAUAUUCCCCAAAAUCUUUCUCUGGCUUGUGGCCGCUCCGGCGUCAAGACAAACGGGAAGGUUACUAUUUUCGUCCCAGAUGCAAUGCCACAUAUAAGCCUCCCACAAAAGGUGCGACACUGGAGUUCCAUGGUGGCCUGACUGCGAUAAAGUGGAAUGGGAUUGAGGAGGAUGACAUAGAUCAAGAGGAAGCUCUAAAGGUUUCGACGUCAAAUGAGAUUAAGGAAAUGGUAAAUAGUAUAAGAUCGAUGCUGGGUUCGAUGGAAGACGGAGAAAUAACAGUGUCAGCCUACGACACGGCAUGGGUUGCUCUGGUGGAAGAUGUGAAUGGAAGCGGCACUCCUCAGUUCCCAUCCAGCCUUCAAUGGAUCGCCGACCACCAACUCCCCGAUGGUUCUUGGGGCGACAAUCUCAUAUUUUCCGCCCAUGACCGCAUCAUCAACACAUUGGCUUGCGUAAUUGCUUUGAAAAGAUGGAAUGUCCAUCCUGACAAAUGCCAAAAAGGAAUGUCAUUCGUAAAUGAGAACAUCAACAAGCUUGAGAAUGAGAAGGCAGAGCACAUGCCAAUAGGGUUUGAGGUGGCUUUUCCAUCUUUGGUGGAAGUAGCCCAAGCAAUAGACAUUGAAGUCCCAACUGGUUCUCCCGUCUUGCAAGAGAUCUACACCAGGAGAAAUCUAAAGCUCACCAGGAUACCAAAGGACAUAAUGCACGUAGUGCCCACAACGCUACUGCAUAGCUUGGAAGGGAUGGCAGUGACAGGCCUGGACUGGGAAAAGCUUCUGAAGCUGCAGUGCCCCGAUGGCUCUUUCCUAUUCUCUCCUUCCUCCACAGCCUUCGCACUCAUCCACACCCACGACCCCAAUUGCCUCUCUUAUCUCAACAAGGCUGUGCAAAGAUUCAAUGGCGGUGUGCCAAAUGUGUACCCUGUGGACUUGUUUGAACAUAUAUGGGUCGUUGAUCGAUUGCAGCGACUUGGGAUUUCUCGAUACUUUCAAUCCGAAAUUAAAGAUUGCGUAAAUUACGUUUAUAGAUAUUGGACGGAGCAUGGAAUAUGUUGGGCAAGAAACACAAGGGUUCAUGACAUUGAUGACACGGCCAUGGGCUUCAGGCUUCUAAGGUUGCAUGGUCACCAGGUCUCUGCAGAUGUGUUCGGACAUUUUAAGAGCGGAGAGGAAUUCUUCUGCUUCGCGGGACAGUCGACACAGGCAGUCACCGGAAUGUUCAACUUAUACCGGGCUUCUCAGCUAAUGUUUCCAGACGAAAAGAUUUUAGAAGUUGCCAAGAACUUCUCUUCCAAGUUCCUCAUAGAAAAACAAGCUUCCAAACAACUCCUUGACAAGUGGAUCAUAAUCAAGGACCUACCUGGAGAGGUGGGCUAUGCGCUAGAGGUGCCAUGGUACGCAAGCCUACCUCGUGUGGAGGCCAGAGUGUAUGUGGAACAAUAUGGAGGCGAUGAUGACGUGUGGAUUGGGAAGACGCUUUACAGGAUGCCUUAUGUUAACAACAAUAUCUAUCUUGAGUUGGCCAAACUCGAUUAUAAUAAUUGUCAAACCGUGCAUCAACUCGAAUGGGUCAUCAUUCAAAAGUGGUACUCAGAAUGCAAUCUUGGAGAGUUAGGGGUGAGUAAAAAGACACUUCUCUUGGCUUAUUUUGUAGCAGCAGCCAGCAUAUUUGAACCAGAGAGGUCUAGGGAGCGAUUUGCAUGGGCUAAAACCACAAUCCUACUACAGAUAGUUGCAUCUUAUUUCAACCAACAAGAAACUUCCUAUGAACAAAGGAGAACCUUUGUCAAAGAAUUCAAAAAUAAAUUUUCCAAACAAGACUCUAUAAAUGGUGAAAGGUGGUGGACGGAGUCAAAGAAGACAGGAGAGGACCCGCUGAUGAGGACUCUGAUUGGAGGUUUAAAUCAGCUUUCAUUGGAGGCACUGAUGGCGCACGGCACAGACAUCCGUCGCCAUCUCUCUCUCGCUUGGGAGAGGUGGAUGCUAUCGUGGAUGGAGGAAGGAGACAACGCUAGGCAGCAGAGAAGGGGAGAAGGAGAGGGAGAGGCAGAGAUCAUAGUACGCACAAUAAAUUUGAGUUGCGCAGGCCAUUGCGCAUCAGAGGGGCUCUUGUCCCAUCCUCUGUAUAGAAGCUUAACCACUCUCACCAAUCGAGUUUGUCACCAACUUCGUCUUCUUCAAAAGCUAAAGGUUCAUGACAAGGGCAGCUACAACAACAAUAGUGGUAGCAACACAACCCCUCAAAUUGAAUUAGACAUGCAAAAACUUGUGCAGAUGGUGCUUCAAAACUCUCCAGAUGAUAUCAAUCAUAACAUAAAACAAACAUUCCUAACAGUAGCGAAGAGUUUUUACUAUAUUGCCUAUUGUAAUCCUGAAGUCAUUAAUCUACACAUUGUUAAAGUACUCUUUGAGAGAGUAGUUUGAGUAUUUGAUUUAUGUAUUUCAUGCUAAUUAAUGUUGCAUUUUCUAGUGAUAUUCAUGUCCACUUAAUUAUAAUGAAAUAAUAUAAUCAAUAAGUUAUGAAA